AGUUUCGAACAUCGUACGAUGCCGUCCCGCUCUAGCGCCCGACAGGCCGGGCGAAACCGCGUCUGAGGGGGCAUUUUCGCCCGAGCGAGCGAACAGACGCACUCAUUUUUUCCCUGUCUUCUCGCGAGGAACAAAUUCUACCCCGUCGUGUGUGCGGCAGCCAUCUUUAUUUUGGAAACGUGAAUAUUUGUCAGCAUUCACGGGCUUAGCACGGGCAAUUUGCGGAUCGUCGGAAGCGUGUUUCGUGUCGGCGAGUGGGAAAUCGAACGGUAAACGGUGCGAAAGUGGUCAGAGGUGGUGUGCCGUGGGACAAUCGCGCUCGCCUGCGGAAGCACACCCCGCUGCGUGAAAAGCCAAGCGGAACGGAUCGAAAUAGCAGAAAAAAACGCAAGCGAAGAAGUGUUCUCGUUGAUGUGCGGUGGUGUGCGUGCGCCUAUUCAUCUCGACGAGCAGAGGCAAACACUGCACAGCACAGCUGCAGGCAGGCAGGCAGGGCAGCAUUAGCAGAGAACGGCAAAGAAGGAAAUGCGCCAAUGUUUGUUUCGCGUGCUGCAUCCAAGUUCGCUAUUUUGAUACGCCACAAGCGGAUGGUUCGUGUGUCGAUCGGAACAAUAUACGGUAUGCGGAGUAGCAUCGGACAGUUGAAAGGAUUCCCCCUGGCUCUCGUUGCGGAGCUUUAAACAUACAACUGGGGAUUCUUCACACAAACACACACAUACGUACGCAUUUACACACAAGCGACGAAACGGAAAGUGUGUUGUGUUGUAGUGUGCGGUGCGGCAUAUCGUUCUAACGCAGUGAAAUAAAGCAAUAGAGGCGCAUUCGGUGAAAAGCUCAACAUUCUUCUCCCCCCGUUUUGUGCAUUCACAACAACCUGCAAGCGGCAGCGGUGGCGCAUCGCACAAGAAUCCCCUCGGGGCACCAACUAGAGCGAACCCGGAGGAAGCGCGCGACGUGUGUGAGGAUGUUGUCAUCGGGCGCAUCGGAAGAACUAAAAAUAAUUCUUUAAACGCCGGCGGCACAACCAGGAAUAGAACUUGUGUGUUUUCUUUUUUCCCUUCAUCGCCCGCAUGCUGAAAUAGUGGCGUUUUGUUGGGACAUCAAAGUGAGUGUGUGUGUGUGUUUCAGCAAACCGAAAAGGACGACGUUACGAGGCACAAAAAAACACAGCGCUGCCAACGAUUACACACGCCAAGCAACCACCACUACACAAGCAGCAAAGGAUCACACGCAUACAAACGCAGCACACACACUCGUCGGUGCACACAAAGGAAAACCCCCGCACGGUCAGCAGCUGUCGUCGCUUCGUCCCUGCCAGGAGCGCAUUGUGUGCGUGCGUGCGUGUGUGCGCGUGUGUGGCAAAAGAAUAAAGGAUUAAAGCCACACCACACCAACCACCGCUUUUGUUUAUUGUGCGCGUGUGUGCGUGCGUACGUGCGAGUUCAUGCCGUUUCGCCGUUGUGUGUGCUAGUGUGUGCGUGCGUGCGUACGAAGGACACUGUGGUACCUUCGAACAAAAGGGUCCAGCUCGAAGGAGGAGAUAUAGCAAGGCCACUCCGAGGGGGUGCCACGCGGGCGUGUGUGCGUGUGUGUGAAGCUGGAGUGCGGUGCACCGGUUUACGGGCCGGGCUUACGACGGGAAAGUGCAGUGGUACGUCGACCCACUGGAGGAGCUACUGAUGAUGUCCUCCCAUCAUCAUCUGCAUCACUCGCACCAUCAUCAGCACGAUAACAUCAUGUCUGAGGUGGAGGUGCCGGACGCGAACAUCGUGGAGGAGGUGGACGGCAGUGCCGGGUUCGGGGCGGAGAUCGACUACGACCAGUACGGCGGGGUGGACGGCCACUACGAGGAGGUGACGUGCGAGACGGAAGACUCGCAGGGUGGGCUGAUGGGGCACCAUCACCAUCACCAUCACCAUCAUCACCAUCAUCUCGGGCACCCGGGGGACGACGAUGAGGAGAUACUGCAGCACGAGCCGGACAUUGGGCAGGCGGUGCACGAGGAGGUGCUGGAUUCGUCCGGCGAUGCGCUGUGCGUGUACGGUGACAUCAAUCUGGAGAACGAAAUCUACAUCGAGUCGGCGACGACCACGCCGGGCCCGUCGUCCCGCAAGCGCAAAUCGCUCAAGCAGUCGCGCAGCGGCGGCGGCGGCAUGAUGAACCGCAUCCGGGCGAACGAUGGCAACGUGCACCAUCACAACAGCGGCAGCCACCAUCAUCACGGGCUGACGGCGGUGGAGCAGCUGGACGUGAAUCACAAGCGGCGCCGGUGGGAGCAGAAGCAGGUGCAGAUCAAAACGAUGGAGGGCGAGUUCAGCGUGACGAUGUGGGCGUCCGGCACGGACGACGACGACGGCUCGAACCCGGAGAUCGACCCGGACUACACGGAGUACAUGACGGGCAAGAAGAUCACGCCGGACAGCUGCGACAGCAUGCCGGGCAUCGAUCUGUCCGACCCGAAGCAGCUGAGCGAGUUCACCCGCCCGUCCCACAAAUCGAAAGGCGGCAGUGGGGGCAUCGGCAGUGUCAAGCUGUCCUCCAGCGCAUCCAGCUUGCUGCUGGCGGCGUCCCCGGACGGCCCCGGCAUGAUACUCGGUGGCGACGGUGGCAGCACCGGGGGCGGCGGCGGCGGUGGCGGACGGUCAUCGUCGGACGUGUCCGAUCGCAACAUUGCCUGCCCGCACAAGGGCUGCACGAAGAUGUUCCGGGACAACUCGGCGAUGCGCAAGCACCUGCACACGCACGGGCCGCGGGUGCACGUGUGCGCCGAGUGCGGCAAAUCGUUCGUGGAGAGCUCGAAGCUGAAGCGCCACCAGCUGGUGCACACGGGCGAGAAACCAUUCCAGUGUACGUUCGAGGGCUGCGGCAAGCGGUUCUCGCUCGACUUCAACCUGCGGACGCACGUGCGGAUACACACCGGCGACCGGCCGUACGUCUGCCCGUUCGACGGCUGCAACAAGAAGUUCGCCCAGUCGACCAACCUCAAAUCUCACAUUCUGACGCACGCGAAGGCGAAGCGCAACAGCAGCAGUGGCAGCAGCGGCGGCGGGGGCAGUAGCAGCCGACACCAGAGCGUGGCACAGGCGGCCGCCGCCUCCUCGCCGCAUCAUUCGGGCGCGGGCAACACCAUCCUGCCGCCGCAAGCCUUCGUCAAGAUGGAAUCGGUCGAGAUUGACAACGAUGCGUCGCAGUACAUUCUCUACACGGAUUAAACGUGACGUGUGGAGAGGAACGGGCGGAAGAGAAGAGUGCACUUGAGCGGAGAGGAAGGGAGGCAGUGGUGCACAGUCGCGUUUGUUGAUGCACACGCACGUUUUGCCAUUUAUUGUGUUUGAUAAGCGCUCGGCGCGCGCUAGGACAUGCUAGAGAGAGAGAGAGAAUACAGUCGAAUUUGACCGAGGACACGCGAAAGAGAUAGCAACAGUGGUAACAAAACAAUUGUGAUAGAAGGGUAUUGAGGAUCACAACCAGUAGCCAGUAGCGAAGGAAACAAAUAUCGCCCCAUGAUCGAUCAUUCACUCGAAGAGGAUAACAAAAAAGCGGUUGCAAAAUCCUUAAGCUUUCAAUGCGCAUUGCGUUGCGCACACCAACACACGCACGCAUCAUCGUCCUCUAGUAGGCGCGUGCAUGUAUGCGUUUGAUGCUAGCACGCAGCCACUUUCAGUUUGUGAAAAGGAGCGGGAGAGGGGUUUGGUUCAUUAUCUAUCCUCGGACAGUUUAAGUGCUGUUUUUUGUGUGUGUGUGUGCAACUAAUUCCCCCUCCGCAGGAGUAUAGAGUACAAGGAAAUAGAGAGAUGUGCAUUUUGUUGUGGUUGGGGGCACUCUUGGGAAAUCCCAAAAUUAUUUGCACGCUACGCGGAUGCCUUUGACGGCCGGCAUCUUGGGGCAGGGUAGGCAAAGAGAGCAAGCGAGAGGAGCAAAGCGUGCGAUACAGUCAUUUUUAGUGUGUAAGGAUAAGUCUCUUUCUUUUUUUUUAAGAAUUCCAACUUUCCCUUGUACAUACAC